UCCUACCUCUCUGUUUGGUCGGAGAACUGAGCUGAGCAGAGCAGAGCAGAGUGAUCCGUUUUCAGACCGAACAGAACUGCGACAAUGAACGCAGAGUCGGUGACAUUGCUGUUAGUAAAUCUGGCAAGUAUUAUGCAGAGAGCCGAUGAGUCAUUGCUGCCAGGGGUGUACAAAGAAGUUGGGGCGACUCUCCACACCGACCCGACUGGGUUGGGGUCGCUUACUCUGUUUAGAUCCAUCGUUCAAUCCUCCUGCUACCCACUCGCUGCUUACCUCUCCAUGCGUCACAACCGAGCCCGUGUCAUUGCUCUUGGCGCCUUUCUUUGGGCUGCUGCCACCUUCCUUGUUGGCUUCUCUUCCACUUUCCUUCAGGUGGCUGUUUCAAGAGGUUUAAAUGGAAUUGGACUUGCCAUUGUCACUCCUGCUAUUCAGUCUCUUGUUGCCGACUCAACUGAUGAGAGCAACCGUGGUACAGCAUUUGGAUGGUUACAACUAACAGGAAACAUUGGCUCCAUAAUUGGCGGUCUUUGUUCUGUACUAAUAGCGUCCACUUCGUUCAUGGGCAUACCUGGUUGGAGAAUUGCAUUCCAUUUGGUUGGUCUCAUUAGUGUCAUAGUCGGUAUAUUGGUUCUCCUUUUUGCCAAUGAUCCGCACUACAUAGAGAGCAGCGGUAGAGCCAAAGAUAUAAUUCCACAUAAGCCUUUUUCAUCAGAAAUGAAAGAUCUGGUUAAAGAAGCAAAGUCAGUUAUUAGAAUCCCAUCUUUUCAAAUUCUCAUUGCUCAGGGUGUCUUUGGAUCAUUCCCCUGGUCAGGUUUGUCAUUUGCUCCUUUGUGGUUAGAACUUAUUGGUUUCUCGCACAAAGAAACGGCAGUUCUUUGGACCAUAUUUAUUAUUGGUGGAUCACUUGGAAGUCUCUUUGGAGGAAUCAUGGGGGAUACCCUUGCAAAACCCUUUCCCAAUGCUGGGAGGAUAGUUCUUUCACAGAUAAGUGCCGGUUCAGCCAUUCCUUUUGCUGCUAUUUUGCUACUGGUGUUGCCUGAUGACCCAACAACAGGCUUCUCACACGGGCUGGUCUUGUUCGUCAUGGGAUGGUUUACUUCCUGGAAUGCUCCAGCAACUAACAAUCCCAUAUUUGCCGAGAUAGUCCCUGAGAGGUCUCGUACCAGCAUAUAUGCUUUGGAUCAAUCAUUCGAGUCCAUCCUAUCAUCAUUUGCUCCCCCGAUAGUAGGACUUUUGGCGCAGCACGUUUAUGGUUUUAAGCCAGUUCCUAAAGGAUCAUCAGAUUCUGUAGAGGUUGAAACAGAUAGAGAAAACGCUGCAUCACUUGCCAAGGCACUCUACACAGCAAUGGGCAUUCCGAUGACACUCUGCGUUUUUAUCUACUCCUUCCUUUACUGCACAUACCCCAGAGACAGAGACCGGGCUAGAAUGCAAGCAUUAGCAGAAUCCGAAAUGCAGCAGCUGGAAACGAAUUGUUCCCCUUCACGAGGAGAAUACUCUGAAGUUCAUGUUUCAGAAUCAAAAAUACCAAAUGGAAAUGAAAAAAGCGAAAUUGACAUCGAAUAUGGAUUAGAGGAGGUCAUUGAUUUGGAUGAUAAUGAUGAGAAGUCCCUUCUUUCCGAUCAUCAAACAUUCUCAAAUCUGAAAGAAUAGGGGAUGUACAAAGCAGAAGCUGAAUUUUGUUAAUUGGCUUCGUGUAAACCAAAUCAAGUGCAGAAAAUUUGCAUGCUUGGGUGGAUGCUCAUGAAAUCUUUUUUAAGUUAACAACUAGAAUGUCUGUCGUACCGCAUUUUGUUAUUUGUUACUAACACACUCAAUGGUUUAUUUUGAGGGUUUCCACAGAUUUUAGAGCAACAAUUUCAAAGGUUACCAGUUGAUUAUUGUUAUAAUCGUAACUGUUCAUUCUUGUUGUAGAUAUAACCUCUUUAAUUC